AUGGUGCCAGGCAAGAAGCCGUGCCACUUCUUCCAGCUGGGCCAGUGCAAGAAAGGCUCCAAAUGUACAUACGCACACGUCAAAGACCCAGCCUUCAAGCCGAAGGCAUGCCAGUAUUUCAUGAAGGGGACUUGCCGACGCGCCGCGCAGUGCACCUUCUCACACGAUAAGGAAGACAUCGACCAGCUCAAAGUGUCUCUCAGCGCAACCGGCACUGGCGACAGCGCCCCGGAGAACUCAGAAGUACUUCUCAAGGACUUCCGAUGGAAGAUACCAAAGGGCCCAGCUGGCGCCAAGCCACUCGGACAUGGCCUGUCGAAGUUCUUCAAGCAGACGCUCGAACUCGUCGGCAUUGGGACAGGGACCAUGCAAGAAGUGAUAACCCUACUGACGAGCGAGGGCGGGCAGCUCCGCAUCGAGGAGCUUCUCGAGCAGUCUUUCGAUACCUUCAGCCCAGCCCAGCUCACCCGGAUCACCGAAGCCCAGCUCAUGCCGUUCUUCAAGACCAUCACGCACGCCAACGUCACCUCGUCCGUCUUGCUCCGGACCAAGCUGAUGACCAUCUACAACAUCCUGUACACGGGCAGUGGUAGCAGUCAGCGAGCUGUGUCUUUGUUCAGUGCUCUUGCUGGAUUUCCGGCACUCACGGAGUUGCUGGACACGGAACCGGGGCAUGAGGAGGUCGACAAAUACGCACUGGACAUCAUCGAGACCGCGCUCGUCGUGCUCACCAAGAUGGCCGAAGUCAAUACGCCUGCUCACGCGGACCCAGGCUUGACGCCCAUUGCCGAGACAUUCGGCAAUUUUCUCAACAACCUUCCACAGAAUGCAAGUCUCGCAACCAGCACGGCAAGAAGGCACCUGGAGCGCUUGCAGCAGCGUCUAGGUCUUGGGAAAGCAUUGCCGGACGCAGCAGGCAUCCAGCGCCCCGCCGGUUCCCGCGCAGUGUUCCAGCUGGCUCGUGACCGUCCUGGUGAGCUGUCAGAGGAGGGCCGGAGGCAUGACAACGACCACGUGCACGCACAGGACAUCUCCAUCUUGCCGACUCUCCAGGAAAUCCAGAGCUCGCGCAACGAAUACCUCCCGGUCGCCAACCCAAGCGAAUGGCACUUCGGCGGCGUGCCCGGCCUUGUCGAUCGUCACUUUCGCCUGCUGCGUGAAGAUACUGUCGGUCAGCUUCGAGGUGCGGCCAAAUUCGAGCUCGAGAGGCUGCAGAACCCACACGGCGUGGACGCGGCGCAGUCGAAGCAGCAAGGCGCGCGAACCUACGUCUAUAAGGACGUGUACCUGGCUUCUGCCGCAUUCGACGAGUACCAUGGCGCACAGCUUGCCAUUCGUUUCGCUCGCCCCAAAGCGAAUCGGCAAAGCUCCAAGCCGCUCGCCAGGAAUGGUGGGAGCAAACCAAGCGUCUUGGGCCUGACGCACUCAUCAGCCUUAUCAGCUCGGAAAGAUCGGUGA